AUGCCUAAGAUAGGGGAUGUUAGCCGAGCUGACAAGGGGGGCGUACGCCCUCUGCUAUAUACGACGAAUCCAGAGUCGCGAUUGGGCGCCUUGUCUCUGGUGAUCCCAAGAAACUUUCUGGAAGGAAGGAAGGCAGAACUUGUCCCUGAAGCAGAACGGGACAAACCUGAAGGACCACUUGCCGGAUUUCCGAGUCUCACGGUGGGUAAGAACGUCGUCGUGUUAGACAGCUCAUACCAGAUUGUCGGGCGUGUGAUAGAGGGGAACAUGAAAAAGCUUAUGGGUCAACUAGUCGAUGAAGAUUGUGACAUUAUUGAUAAAGUGGGAAGUGUCAUUGGAAAAGCUGAGCGCUGGGAGCAAGAACAAAGGAAAUGGGACAUCAAUCCAAUGUCUGGGUGUAAACACAUGGAGAGAGCGGAUAGAACAAAUGUCAAGCCCCGAAUCGAAGAAGGCAGUAGCCACCUUCAAGAAUGCAACGGCACCCUCCGCUUGCUCGAUCCAGACGGGCAGAUGAUAGCAGCCAAGGCGAAAUCAAAGUCCGCACAGCGCGAAGCAUCGCCAGAGGAACACCAGCUAGCGGAUCUCCUGAAGGAACUCACGUCGACCGUCGCCACGACCAUUGACAAUGCACGGAAGCGGAUUGCCGAUAUGCCCCACGCAAAGAAAAGGCUCAACCCGCUCUGGGCUCUGCUGAGCGAACCUCUCUUCCAGAUCAUUACUGCGGUUAGCCUCCUCCUGACUGGUGUUCUUGGCUUGCGGCUGGUGAAUGGACUCCUCGGCGGAUUGGGUAUCAAUAAGCUUCUUGGUGAGUUGGGUCUGGGGUCUGUCACGGAUGCUCUGAACCUUGGUGGUGACAAGAAGAAGUAA